UUGUUGUUGCCGUUUGUUUUUUUUUUUACUUUUUUGUUUUCAUUGCCCAACUUGUUGUGACUAUCGGAGCGGGCAUCUAGCACCAAAUCUGCAUUCCACAAACCACACCGAAGCACCGAGCAAGAAGAAAGCAACGAGAUGAGCACCCAAAAUGAUCAUAUACCCACCAUAUCGCCGGGUCGCAAAGCCGUCUUCCAAGUGCUGUCAGGUGGUUCGGCCGGUUUUCUGGAAGUGUGCAUCAUGCAGCCGCUGGACGUGGUCAAGACUCGCAUGCAGAUUCAGGCACGGCCCGCCGCCAUCGCCGCCUCACACACGGCUGAGGUGCACUACUCUGGCGUGUUUGACUGCUUCGCCAAGAUGUACCGUCAGGAGGGCAUCGCGUCGUAUUGGAAGGGUCUGAUGCCUCCAAUACUGGCCGAGACCCCAAAGCGGGCCAUCAAGUUCCUGGUAUUCGAGCAGACGAAGACGUUCUUUCAGUUUGGCUCGCCGACACCGACUCCGCUGACCUUCGCCCUGGCGGGUCUGACGGCCGGCACCUUGGAGGCGAUCGCCGUCAAUCCGUUCGAGGUGGUGAAGGUGUCGCAGCAGGCGAACCGCCAGAAGAAGCUGAUCGGCACCUUUGAUGUGGCGCGGGACAUUGUCCGGAACGAUGGCAUCGGACUGCGAGGCCUCAACAAGGGCCUGACCGCCACAAUGGGCCGCAAUGGCAUCUUCAACAUGGUCUACUUCGGCUUCUAUCACAGCGUCAAGAACCUGGUGCCCGAGAGCAAGGACAACACCUGGGAGUUCAUACGCAAGGUGACCAUCGGCUUUCUGGCCGGCACCCUGGCCUGCUUCGUCAACAUACCGUUCGACGUGGCCAAGUCGCGCAUCCAAGGGCCCCAGCCGGUGCCCACGGAGAUCAAGUACCGCGGCACUCUCAGCUCCAUUGUCACCGUCUACAGGGAGGAGGGCUUCCGCGCCCUCUACAAGGGCCUGGUGCCCAAGAUCAUGCGCCUGGGUCCCGGCGGAGCCAUAAUGCUCCUCGUCUUCGACUACACAUACGAAUACCUGUUGUUGAAUCACUCAUAGUCCAUCACUUCUAAACCUAGCAUUAAGAAACUGUUGGAUUUUUUUUAGACAUGCCGAAAA